AUGACGGACAGGGAGGCUGCAUGGUGUGCCACGACGUUGUACACAGCAGGCGUAGAGACGACGUCUGGUCAGAUGGCUUGGGUUGUGAUGAGUCUUGUUCUUUACCCUGAUGUGCAGAAGAAGGCUCAAGAAGAAGUCGACCGUGUAGUCGGUAGGGAUCGUAUGCCGACAUAUAAGGACCUAGAGCCGGAACAAAUGCCUUACCUUAACGCGUUACUCAGGGAAAUUCUGCGAUGGAGAGGUGUUGGUCCGUUAGGUAUACCACAUAGGCUGAAUCAGGAUGAUUAUUACGAAGGAUAUUUCCUACCGAAGGACACAAUUGUCGUUCCCAAUGCCUGGGCGAUGAAUCAUGACGAAAAUGUCUGGGGAUAUGAUGCCGAAGACUUCAGGCCAGAACGGCACCUCGAUGAAGACGGGAAAUUGAAACAAGCUCUUCCUGAUACGCAUGAAGAGUCUCAUGUUACUUAUGGUUAUGGACGUAGAAUAUGUGUCGGUCGAUCCGUCGCUAAUGCUUCGUUGCGCAUCAAUACAGCAUGUAUUCUGUGGUCUUUCAAUUUGAGACCUAGCACCGACGAUAAAGGAAACUACAUGUUUCCGGACCCGCAUGCGUAUGUUGACGCAGGUCUUGCGAUACCUCCCCAACCUUUUGCAUGUUCCCUUGAACCACGCCAGGACGACGUCGUUACAUGCAUCGCUCAUACCCUGGAAGCUAGAGGUGUGACCGUGUAG